UCCUCUUCCAGUGAGUGACCUCAUACAGAAACCUCGUGACGAGCUCCAGUGCACACAUCCUGCCUCUUGUGCCUGCUGCGGGACUUCUGCUCCAGUCAGACCUGGUAAGGCUGCUGGAGCCUGAAUCAUGUCACGCCAUCCUGUCAUCCUGAUGAUGCUUGUGCUGUUCCUGGGAUCGAAAAUUAGCACACAGAAGGGUUCUCAGCCUGAUCCCACCAUCUACGCUGAGCCAGGUCCUGUGAUCACCCAAGGGAGUUUUGUAACUGUUGUGUGCUCAAAGUCUGGUGACUAUAACAAAGUCCGCUUGGAGAAGGACGGCAACAUCUUUAAGGAUAAAACUAGUCCUAAUGUGACAGAGGAUAGAUUCCUCAUUGGGCCAGUGAAUGAAACCAUGACUGGACAUUAUUCGUGUAUCUAUACAAAUGGGAACAGCUGGUCCAGUCGCAGUGAGAAGCUGGAGCUAAAGGUGAUCAAGGAACCUGUCACCCAGGCUCCUGUCACCCAGGCUCCUGUCACCCAGGUUCCUGUCACCCAGGUUCCUGUCACCCAGGUUCCUGUCACCCAGGUUCCUGCCCCAGGCCCAACAGUGACCUCAGAUACAUCUUGGCUGAAGACGUACAGCAUCUAUAUUUGUACUGUGGUCUCUGUGAUUUUCCUCCUUUGUCUUUCCCUCUUUCUGUUCUGCUUCCUUAGCCACCGUCAGAAAAAGCAGGGACUCCCAGACAACAAAAGACAGCAGCAGAGGCCAGAGGAGAGGCUCAAGCUAGCUACUACUGGCCUGGAAAUGACUCCAGUUGCAGAUAACAGGCUUCCUGAGGACAGACAGACAGAAACCCGGAUGCCAGUUGCAAGAGACCUUCAGGAGGUGACAUAUGCCCAGCUGGACCAUCACUCCCUCACACAGAGGGCAGUUGGAGCUGGGACCACGCAGAGCACAGAUAUCAUGGCUGAGUCCAUCACAUAUGCAGACAUCGGCAGACGCUGAGCCUGGCACACCUGGAGACACACAGGGUCACUAUUGGAAAAGCCUGAAGGAACCACUAAGGCCUUCUCUUAGGAUCAGCCUGGUGUGGAAAGCUAGGUCUGUGUUCCCCAUCCAGGAGUUGAAAUGUAUAUUUGGUAGUGUGAGCACUUGGAAAGACUAUGCUGCAGUAACUUCCAGAGCCCUAGUUUAACUGCCCUGAAUGUUUGCAGAGACACAGUUAAACUUCUUUUAGCUGUUUCUUCAGACCCAUCCACAUCCCAUAUUAUUUAAUGAGCAGCACUGUAAUCAUCCAGCUGCCUUUACAUCCCUAGUUGUGCAAUGAGCCCAGUGAACCCUAAAGGCUUCCUUGGCUCUCCCUGCUGACUCUGACUGGGAUGUACUGAUGCAGCUGAAAGCUGAGUCCCUUCCCUGUGACAGGUCUUAUGGAGUGCAUCAUGGGUACGUUUGAAGAUGGAGCAUCUACAGCCCAUGUGGAUCUUCAACAUACAGACAAUAAGGACUCAAACUCUGUUUUCAUUGCUGUUUAUCAGAGAUGAGUGGAGAAAUGAGGGCUACAAAAGGGUCCAUAGGAUUCCCUUUUCUAUUAAAUGCAUGUUUAAUUGACCAA